AUGUUGGAUAAUAUGUGGUCAUGUUGUUAUUACGCCUUCACUUCGUAUCUAGUCGUACGAUUGUUGAAGUUCUUGUUCAUUAUUGCCAAGUGUUUUUGCGUACACAUACUUACUCCCGUUUAUAAUCUGGAUCAUCUUAAGGAUUCGUGGACAGUAGUGACCGGCUGCACAGAUGGUAUCGGCAGGGCGUACAUUGAGGAGCUGGCGAGAACUCGAGGAAUAAAAAGGUUCUACUUGGUCGGGAGAAAUCGCCAGAAACUCGAGACUGUAGUGACACAGAUGGCUGUGUUCGACUUCGAAUAUGACGACUAUUCUAAGCUUCCACAAGAGUUGAAGACGUUGGACGUCGGUAUUCUCAUCAAUUGUGCUGGCAUCGCCCCGAAUCAAGUUGGAAACUUUGUUGAACUGCCAGAGCAGUUAGCGUCGAAGAUUUUGCGUGUUAACCUAAUGUCCAGUGUUAAGAUGAUCGAAUUUAUUCUACCUGGUAUGAUCCAACGUAACAGAGGUUGUAUUGUAAAUAUCUCGUCAAUGACGGGUUGGCGUCCACUACCUUAUCUCAGUACUUAUCCAGCAAGUAAGGCGGCUAUCGCUUUCUUUUCGGAUUCUCUUAGUGAUGAGUUCCGUCACACUAAAGUUCGAAUACAGUGUCUUAUUCCUCUACUGGUUGCAACCAAGGCUGCUUCGUACGAAACCACUGAUGCGAACAACUUAUUUAUCAUUAGUCCCGAAGACUACGCAAAGCAGGCCGUUCGUGCAAUUGGACGAUUUGAGAUUCUCACUGGCUGUAUCCAACAUGAUAUUCAGGGGAGUAUCGCUUUUGGGACGCUGCUCUCUUUCUGGGCCUUCAAAAUGCUCUACGUACCGUUGGUGAUUUUGGGAAUACACAAGGAUCGCGUAGCAGCCUUCCAGAAGAAUCAUCAAAAGCAAACUUAG